GAGUCUUCCGUUUGCUCCAUCGUUUAAUGGUUCGAUGUCAGUCAAGCCUGGGAGCCCGCUCUCUGGCGUUGGAAUACCCCUGCUACGAGUCCCACCCGUCAACGAGGCUGAAAAUGAGGCGCAUCCCUUCGUGAAAUCUACCCCGAAAUUGGGUGCUGGGCUGCUGGCUCAAGUCUGCGGCGGCGCCUUAGGGAAAUGCCAACACAUCUCAUCUCCCCCGCGUCUGAAUCGCCCAGAUCAUUGGCAACGGCCGGGGUGUCGCUGCACGGUCCAUCUCUUUCCACGACGUCUAUUCUCGACUUCAACUACAACAAUUGCUUGAGCUGGCUCCGUUUCCCGCCGUUGCAGGGGAUCCGCAGCAGAGAUGCUUCUAGAACUUGCUCUGUCCAAAGUCUACCAGCAGACAUCGAGACAAGCCAAUUAUCUCCCGUCUAUUUACACGUUUUGGUGCGGGCUACACCAUCUUCAUAUCCAAGUACAAAUCGGACCAUCCUCACCAACAGCCCUCACCACGCAGUCAACCACCGCCUCAACGUCAGUGACCUCCGGGCAGUGGUCAACGGGAUACCGGACAACAUCCACAGCCCGUCCCGCCUCCGUCUCCGCAACCCCGAUGAACCUCUCCUGCAACUCCACCGGCACCGUCUGGUCCGCCGUCGUCACCAUGUAAGUCACAGGAAUACUGUAGCCCGCGUACCGCAACCGCUCCUCAAAAGACCGCACCGACUGCCCCGUGUUCGUCGCCCCGGCGUGUUCAAGUCACCGGCAAGCCGGCAAGCUGGAGUAGAAGCAUGCGGCGAGCGUCUCCUGCUUGUGAUACAUGAAGCCCCCGACUACGUCGUCCGGUGGUCCUAUUCCCAGCCUACCGUUCACAGCUUCGUUGAAGCUUUGACGUUCCAGUGGCACGAUGCCAGCUAUCAAAACCAUUCUAACGAAACCGCCUGGUUGAACCCCCAUCAAUCCCUCUCUUCCGAGGCCUUUGACACAUUCCGAGGCUACUAAGGCUCCGUAUGAAUGCGCAACGACGAGAACGCUCCUCCCAUCCCGGACCAGUCCCUCAACGACCACCCGCGCAUUGGCCGUAUCACCGUACAGACCCGCUGGUACCCCGGCCUCGCUGGCUCCCACAAGUCGCGUUGACGGGUUCUGGACGACUAUGACAAUGUCAGCACCCAGU